AUGAAACUCGGCACCAAGAUAUCAGAUGAGUUAGUGUUCCAAUGCCGUUGGAAGUAUGCAAUUUGGAUGAGCAGUUUAGGAGAUAUCACGUUUGUACUGAAGACUGGUAACAGCCGGCCGAACGCACUCAGCCGGACAGGAAGGGAAUUGGCUUCGCUCGGCCUUCUCCAGGACAAAUCCGCGCGCACGACCGGUCCGACCGGGAGGCAAUGGACCACGAUCGACCGAACAUCACAUCACGGCCGACCCGACGGCCGACCACAACCAUAG